CUCCCAAAGGAGCUGCAGUUACCACCUUCCAGAGAAACAUCUGUAGCAUCCAUGAGCCAAACAAGCGGUGGCGAGGCAGGUUCGCCGCCUCCAGCUGUAGUUGCUGCUGAUGCUUCUUCAGCUCCUUCCUCUUCCUCCAUGGGCGGUGCUUGCAGCUCCUUUACCACCUCUUCCAGUCCUACCAUUUACUCUACCUCAGUCACCGACAGCAAGGCUAUGCAAGUGGAGAGCUGCUCCUCAGCCGUGGGGGUAAGUACCAGAGGGGUAAGUGAAAAGCAGUUAACCAGUAACACAGUCCAGCAGCAGCAGUCAACGCCGAAGAGACACACAGUCCUGUACAUCUCGCCACCACCUGAGGACUUGCUGGACAACAGUCGGAUGUCCUGCCAGGAUGAGGGGUGUGGAUUGGAGUCAGAACAGAGCUGCAGUAUGUGGAUGGAGGAUUCACCCUCCAACUUCAGUAACAUGAGUACCAGUUCCUACAAUGAUAACACUGAGGUGCCACGUAAAUCACGCAAACGAAAUCCAAAGCAGAGGCCAGGGAUCAAACGUCGAGAUUGUGAAGAGUCCAACAUGGAUAUAUUUGAUGCCGACAGUGCCAAAGCGCCUCACUAUGUCCUUUCUCAGCUCAGCACGGACAGCAAAGGCAACUCAAAAGCAGGAAAUGGAGCAUCAGAGAACCAGAAAGGAGCUGGAGGGAAGAAGACACCAAUGUUGUGUGGUCAGUAUCCGACUAAGAGUGAGGGGAAGGAGCUGAAGAUAGUGGUACAGCCAGAAACCCAGCACAGGGCUCGUUAUCUGACUGAAGGCAGCCGAGGCUCAGUGAAAGACCGGACACAGCAAGGCUUUCCGACUGUAAAGCUGGAAGGUCACAACGAGCCGGUGGUGCUGCAGGUAUUCGUGGGUAACGACUCUGGUCGAGUGAAGCCACACGGGUUCUACCAGGCCUGCAGAGUUACUGGGAGAAACACUACUCCCUGUAAAGAAGUGGAUAUAGAGGGGACUACUGUUAUUGAGGUUGGACUGGACCCGAGCAACAAUAUGACACUUGCGGUUGAUUGCGUGGGAAUACUGAAGCUGAGAAAUGCUGAUGUUGAAGCUAGGAUAGGGAUUGCUGGUUCCAAGAAAAAAAGCACACGUGCUAGGCUGGUGUUUCGUGUUAACAUCACUCGCAAAGAUGGUUCAACUUUGACUCUUCAGACACCUUCUUCCCCAAUUUUGUGCACUCAACCAGCAGGAGUUCCAGAGAUUCUAAAGAAAAGUCUGCACAGUUGUUCAGUGAAGGGUGAAGAGGAAGUUUUUCUGAUUGGCAAGAACUUUCUAAAGGGAACAAAAGUGAUUUUCCAAGAGAAUGUUUCUGAUGAGAAUUCUUGGAAGGCAGAAGCUGAAAUAGACAUGGAAUUAUUUCAUCAGAAUCACCUUAUUGUGAAGGUGCCACCAUAUCAUGACCAGCAAAUAACCUCAGCUGUUUCUGUGGGAAUAUAUGUGGUGACCAAUGCUGGAAGAUCACAUGAUGUGCAACCAUUUACGUACACUCCAGAUACAUCUGGUACUCUGAAUGUUAAUGUGAAGAAGGAAAUCUCCAGCCCAGCCCAACAUUGUUCUUUUGAAGAGGCUAUAAAAGCAGUGAAGGCCACUGGUUGUAACCUGGAGAAGGUAAACAUUCUUCCUAGUGCCUUGAUAACUCCACUCAUGCCAAGCAGUAUGAUUAAGAAUGAAGAUGUGGCUCCAAUGGAAGUAAGUGCAGAAAAAAGAUCUCCCCCUGUCUUCAAGGCUUCAAAUGUGGUUGGACCAACUCAACAAACAUUGGAAAACAGUAUGUCUGGCAUAUCAACUUCUGCUUCCCAUUUACCUUCUGAAAAUGAAAACCAGCAACAAAUACAGCCGAAGGUGUAUAAUCCAGAGACACUAACUACUAUCCAAACGCAGGACAUUUCCCAGCCUGGUAGCUUUUCAGCAGUCUCUACUCCGGGUCAGCUGCAGAACAGUGAUGCGUUAUUGCAGCAAGCUGCACAGUUCCAAACAAGAGAUUCCCAAACGAGGGAAGUCUUGCAGUCAGAUGGCACAGUAGUCACUUUGUCACAAUUAACUGAUGCAUCACAACAACAACAGUCUACACUCUCGGAACCAGCACAGGCAUUGCAGCAGCAGAUUUCAUCAAGUAUUUUCUCAUCAGCAAGCGGCGUGAGUCAGUUACAGAACACUAUACAGCAACUGCAAGCUGGAAAUUUUCCAACUAACACUGCCACUGGCAGCAAUAGAAACGUUGACUUGGUGCAACAGGUAUUGGAAGCUCAACAGCAGUUAUCCUCUGUUUUAUUUUCUGGUUCAGACAGCAGUGAGGAUGUUCAAGAUCAGCUGAAUGCAGAUAUCUUUCAGCAAGUUAGCCAGAUACAAAAUAGUGUCAAUUCUGGAAUAUUUUCCUCAUCAGACACAGCUGUCCAUUCCAGACCAGACAACCUUUUGCCUGGACGAGCUGAAAAUGUUCACUCACAGCCUGAAAAUGCAUUGUCCAAUCAACAGCAACAACAGCAGCAGCAGCAGCAGCAGGCAAUGGAGACUUCUGCAGCAAUGGUGAUAGGAAUCCAACAAAACAUUUGCCAAGCUGCAACACAGAUGCAGUCUGAUUUGUUCUCUUCAACAACUUCAGGGAAUGGAGCCCUCCAACAGUCACCUGUUUACCAGCAGGCUUCUCACAUAAUGAGUGGGUUAUCAACAAGCGAAGACAUGCAAAUGCAGUGUGAAUUAUUCUCUUCAUCUCCUGGUGUUUCUGGAAGUGAGACUACUCCUACUGCUCAGCAGCAGGUCUCCAACAAUGGACCUACUAUGUUUCAGGCAUCAAAUUCUGCAGAUGGAGAAGAAGCUUCAGGUCAGAGUAAGCAGAUGCAAAGUACUGUAUUUCAGACCAUGGUUCAAAUGCAGCAUAGUGGAGAAAGUCAAUCUCAAGUUAAUCUCUUUUCAUCUACCAAAAACAUGAUGACUGUUCAGGCAAGUGGAACUCAACAACAAGGAGGUGGUCUGUUCCAGCAAGGCGGAGAAAUCAUGUCUAUUCAGUCAGGAAGCUUUAUGCAGCAGUCUCCACAUUCACAAGCUCAGCUUUUUCACUCUCAGAAUACUAUUGGUGAUGCUCAAAAUAUAUCGCAGGAAGCACAAGGCUCUAUUUUUCACAGUCCAAAUUCCAUUGUCCACAACCAGACCAGUACUAAUUCCUCAGACCAACUGCAGCCUCCAAUGUUCCACUCGCAGAACACCAUGGGUGUAUUACAGAGCCCUUCAGUUCCUCAAGACCAGCAGUCUGCCAACAUGUUCCUUUCCCAGAGUUCAAUGAGCAACGCUGCAACUCAGGAAGAACAGAUGUCAUUCUUUACAAACCCAAAUUCCAUUUCUCCUCUUCAGACAGCAACAAACACCGAACAGCAGACUUCUUUCCAGCAGCAGACACAGAUAUCUCAUAUCCAGAGUUCCAUGCUUCCCCAAGAACAGCCCCAGACUCAGCCUGCUCAACAAGGUUUGUUUCAGUCUCAAGUGUCGUUAGGUUCCAUCCAGUCCAGUUCAAUUCCUCAGAACCAGCAAGGAGCUAUCUUCCAGCCUCAGCAUUCGAUAGUUGCUAUUCAGAGUAGUCCUCCAUCUCAAGAACAGCAGCAGCAGCAACAACAGAACAUGAUGUUCAGUAAUCAAAAUGCAAUGAGUACAAUUGCUUCUCAAAAGCAGAACAUGAUUUUCAAUCCAAAUCAAAACCCAGUUACCAAUCAGGAGCAACAAGGCCAGUCCAUUUUUCAUCCACAGACUAACAUGGCAUCAAUGAACCAGGAGCAGCAGCCCAUGCAAUUCCAGAGUCAGACUACAGUGUCUUCUCUUCAGAAUCCUGGAUCCAACCAGGCUGAAGCACAGCAGCCAGCCAUCUUCCAUAACUCACCCCAGAUUCAGUUGGUCCAAGGGUCACCAAGUUCUCAAGAGCAACAAGUCACCCUCUUCAUCUCUUCAGCUUCCAUGUCUGCCUUGCAGAAUAGUAUGAGCCAGCAAGAGCUGCAGCAGUCUCCUAUGUACUCUUCUCAAAACAGCAUGGAAGGAACUGCUUCUCCUCCACAGCAACAAGCUUCUUUAUUUCACAACACAGCAGGAGGUGCUAUCAACCAGCUGCAGAAUUCUCCUGCUUCAUCUCAGCAAACAUCAGGAAUAUUCCUGUUUGGCAUUCAAAACAACUGUGGGCAGCUGCUAACUUCUGGACCAGCCACGUUGCCGGAUGAGUUGAUGGCUAUAAGUCAGCCAGGUCAGCCACAGAGCGAGGGACAAGCAGCAGUGCCAACGCUGCUCUCCCAGCAGAUAUCUGAGACUUCUCCGCUACCUUCAGCUAUGGCAACCAAUCAGAAUAUUGAGAAAAUAGAUGAUCUGCUUGUGUCAUUGCAAAACCAGGGGAACAAUAUGACUGGCUCGUUUUAAUUAGUCAAAAAUUCUGUGAAGAAAAAAGUGAGGAUUUCCCAGAUCCUCUCAGACCUUCCGACUCUGGAUUAGGCUGUGUGGACCUGAUUGCUUCUGUCAAAAAGUGGCCCUCUUCUCUAAAGAGCACACACGUGGCCAAUUGCAACGUCUAGCACCUAAGGCUAUGACCAUAGUAUUUGGGAUUUGUAGUGCCAAUAAUGCUGAAAAGCUAUGCUUUGUUUUACUAGGGCAUGGGAUUGUACUGUUACUAGAUUCCUAAACCUCAUUAACAGUGGGGUGCUCUUCCAAUUUAAAGCAUAUCUGGUCAGUUAUUAUUGUUGUUAGAAGGUAAUACAUUACCACGUUUACUUUUUUCUUCCUCCUCUUCCUUCUUCACAUCCCCUCUUUUGACUAGAAAAGCUUGUGAAGCAGAAACAUCAAAUGCCUGUGACAUGAGCCAUGACUCAUAGCUGUCAGUAAGCGAAGGGAUCACAUGUUUUACAGCUGAGUGGGAGAGCUAAUACUGCGAUUUGUUAAUUGCAGUAGGUGGCAAUGAAAAAUAUUGAUAACUAAUAAACAAGCAGAGAAUUGCUUGCUACUGUAGAUAGCCAGAGGUGGGUGCUUCCCAUCUGAGAAUGUGAUUAACGGUUUUCUAUGUCUCUUACAUGUAACUGUACAUAGCGCGAGGGUUUGGUGGCUCUAACAAAAUGAAGAAAUGAAGGGGAACUUUCAAUUAAAUUUUGCUUUUAAAAUCUUAUCCUCUAAAAUACCUUCAGAUAGAAAGGAACAUUCUGCCUGGCCGAGGAAAGAACUCCUCUGUGUCUCUCACUCUGACUGUAUGGGUUAGAACUCGGUAAAGCUGCGUUAUCCAUUCUCAGACCAGCCUUCUCCCUUUCAUUCUUCUCAUGAUUUUCCUUCUCUCUCCCUCAGUUUCAUAUAGCGUUUUUAAAAAAAGACAUAAAUAUCUUACUGGCUUUAAAGAUCAGAAGCAGCUUUUAGGAAUCCAUGGCAUUGAAUUGCUUAGUCAGGAGAAGCUUUGACAAAUAAUCAAGGAUUAAGGAAAGAGGAAGCAAUUUCUCCACCACCUUCUCAAUGCAGGAAUCCCCCUUAACCAGUCAUUUUCCAGCUGUUACUGAUGUAAAUCUCCAGCUUGACUUUAUUCCAAGUAGGGGGCAAAUUACAUCAUUUUUAAGCAUUCUUGAAAAUUUCACUUCAUCCUGAGCUGUUGCAUCUUUGUGGCGUAUUGAGCUCAUCGCAGUUUUGAAGUGAUUUCUUUUUUUUUAUAACCAACAGUCCCCAAGUCUAGUUUCUAGAUUGUCAUGUCUCAAUUUAAAAAAAAAAUAAAAAUAAAAAAAAAAUUGACUGAUGUUACGGAAUGUAAAAACAACCCACUCCAGACCAUGCAGUUGUAUUGUGAGGCAUGUGAAUUUUUUGGGUGCUCCAACUAUCCGGACAGUUUUGUGAUAUCUCACUACAGCCUCAUUCAGAUAUUUGUUUCUUCUUCUGCACGUAGAAAGCUGUUGCUGCAGUUAGAGCCAAACAGCUGUCAUGUAUGGCUAUUAUGCCUUGGUAGAGUGUAGUUGGUCUCAUGUCAUUUUUCACUUUUGUUAUUUUAAAUAACAAAGAAUAGUCUGUAAAUGGUUUUUAAGUUACUCUAGUCUGUUUACUGUGUGUUUUUCCCUUAACUUGUGUGCUUAGUUGAGCCGUGUAGAGUUUUUGUUUGUUUUAAUGGUUUUUCCUGUUUGUCAGUCUGUCAUAACGUUCACUUUCUCUUUCUGUCUCUCUCUUUCUCUCUCUCAUUGAGAGGCAUUGAAUUACGUUUUCAGUAGUAAGGCUUCUUGCCGAUAUGAAGGGAACUUUUCAGAAAGAGACCUGCUCUGGGUCAUUUAAUUUUGAAUACAGUUUUCAAUCGUUCAAGUUUUGGAUGGUUUAUAUCUAAUGUGUGUUUCAUUUUUUUGGAAAGCUAUAUUUUGUAUUUAGGAAAUGGUAUACUAUUUUGCUAUUUGUACUGAGUGAGUACAUUGGCAUAAAUAUAAAAAUUUAUAUAUAUACAUAUAUAUAAAAUAUUCUUUUUGCCACACAUUUUUGUGGUAAAUUUGUGAGUUUGUCUGAUGUUCUACCACAACGUGGCGUCUGAUAACAGUGGGGUGGGGUGGGGUUUGUUAUGUCUUUAUUGAGUAUUUAAGUACUUUUUGCAACAUAAAUAACUUGUUCAUCUCUCUGCCAUUCCAUCAGGCAAUUUAUUGUUCCAGCUGGCUAUGAGAAGCUUCACUGUGUGUUUUGAUGUGUCUGUCACUCAGCAAUACGAUCUAGUAAGGAAACCCGUAGGCAUUUAGGCGUAUAUAAAGCAAUGGGGUUUCAUUCAGAAUGAGCCAUUCAGCUUUUAUCCACUAUCAUUGUCUAUUUAAUAUUUUAUUAUUAGCGCCUCUGUGUUUUAACUCUUAAUUUAUGAUUAUGCUAAACUGUUUAAAAUUUUAAUCAUGAUAAAAAGAAUUCCCUGCUUCAUAAUGUCCAGAGCUGCUUUAUAACCCUGAACCAUACUUUUUCUUUCUGUGAUUUCCCCCCCCCUGCUAAGACAAGAUACUAACAAAAUCCUGUUAUGGUUCAUGACAUGAAAACAGCAAUCUUUUAGCAUUGAUUAAAUGCUAUAUGAGGCUAUGUAGAAGACUGAGAAUUAUGGACCGAAACAACUUCCAGAUGGUCGUGGAAGUCGAUAGCCAGUUAUUAAAAAAUGAACUGGUGGCUUUUGCAGGAUCGCAGUCCCAGGACAAGCUGUUGGGUGUCAUCUGGGGCCUUCAUACACAGAAGUAAUAGGAAUGAUAAAUUCAUUUGUGUGCUGCUUCAAUUUGUUGCGUUGUUCCAAAGGGGUGUAUCCUUACGUUGAAGUGCUGUUGGUCAGUGCCAAGUCACCAGGGACCAAUUCUCCACUUAACAAGAUGGGUGUCCAAAAGAGAACUUCAUACCAAGACUGCUACAGCUCUAGGGGAAGGGCAUGUUUGAAUUGUGUGCGUAUUUUAGGUCGCUUGUGAAGAGAAGAGAAAAAAAAAAUGUAAAAAAAGAAAUUAAAAAAAAAAAGGGCUGUGCUAUCACAUUUUUCACUUCUGGGUAACACCUUUCUUGUGUUAAACUUACCUUGUUCAUUUUAGGUCAAUGUUUAAAUGUACAACACUUUGAACAUGUGAUUUGGUUACAAAAAGUAUUUGUCUUAUGAAUGAAGAGAUUGCUCAGUGGUUGAUUAGUGUUUGAACUGCUGCUUGCAAACACAGAGGAUAAAGAGAGGUUUGAUAAACCAAUAAAGAGCUUAAAGACAGGCUGCAGGAUUUCAUGGCAGAAAGACCCAAGAGCGGUGUGAGCCACAUCUGUAUUUUACCAGAGUCCUGAACAUUUACUUUUGCAAUUUAAGCAGUUGAUACUGAUAAUUGGAGCUUACUCUGCUUUUUUUUUUUCUUAUCCCUGUAUGUACUCCUCUGCAUGCUCGCACUGGCAUGCCUGUUAGCUAUCAGCAGACGGAGUGCUUGCCUGCAGAGAUGAGGUGGUGGUAUCACGUCUAGUCUGUGUUGGCUGAGAAAGUUAGAAGAUGCUGAGACAUUAGUCUCUAUAAAUUUAAAGGUCCUGACAUUAUGAUAAAGGGGAAGUUACUAUCAUAUCCACAAAGCGGCAAAUAAAUAUAGACGAUAUUACUAAGUGAAAAAUGAAAAACUGCAGAGCUGCAUUGCUGGGAUGGGUUUUCUGUAUCUUGUUUUUUUCUGCUGAUUGAGCUCGUUCCUAAAGAACCGUUAAAUCUGAUCCUCCCUAUGAAAUGUGGGCUGUACUCUCCAGCUGUAUAUGCCUCUGCAGCACCCAUGGUCCGCUCUCUGCACAGCAUCCGUGGUACGUGGUGGUUUACGGAACGGCGAUUUCUUGGCACAGAUUAAAAUCCAGGGAGACGUACCUGCUAGCCACCUGUUGCGACUUCUGCAUACGUCCUCUCGUCUGCUUAUACGCUCUGUGUGUGUAUAUAAAAAAAUCAUAUGAAUAACGCAUAAUACUCAGUUAUUAGCUAAACAUCUCCUCUGGUAGGAAGUUAUUGGUGCUUUGUGCUUAAUUAGCAAGACCUCGUUUUGUUACUAAUUGCCUCUUCACUGUCUGAUCUUUCAGCAGUUAUUCAAGCCAAAUGCUUUGCUAUUAUUUUAACAUGAAAAUAGUUCAAGAAAUAAUUUCAGCCUUGCUGUUUCAAAGUGGAUGUUUAAUCACCAACCAUUUUAUUAUAAUUACUUUUAAUUACUGACAGGGUGGUUACUUCCUAUUUAGUUUUAAGAUAGAAUAAAGCAUGAACAGUUAAGCGUUUAUUACUUUGGCAGGUUUUUUUACUGGAAAUACUAAGAGUCUGGGCAGCUGUAUCAGUGGACAUUCCCCUAAUUUAGAUAAGUUGAACUUCUUUUUUUAAAGCUUCUGUCGUGAUUUUGAUUUAGGAUGUAGUUUCUAAAAAGAAAACUUGUCUGAAUAGAUUUUCUGUUAUCUUCUUAUCUUUCCAGAGUCCUCAGAAAGAACACCAAACAAGUCAGAAGCUCGCAUUUGUCUUAAAACAUAGUUUAAAUCACUACUUGAGUAGCAGGAAAGGUGAUUUAUUAAAAAGCAAAAUAAAAAAAGUUGUUAUUGGACUAAAGCUACACGUAAUUUCCCCCAAGGGUGGGUGUGUGCGUGUGCAGGCAUGCACGUGCACAUUCGUAAAAAGUUAGAAAAGAAUUUUCAGUUUUUGAAUCUCAUGCCUCUGCAUGGCAAAGUGCUGCGUUCCUUUUUCAGGGUAAUUACAGGAGAGGAGUACAAGGGAUUACGGGCAUUUAUCGGAGUGAUAGAGCAAGAACAAGGAGAAUGAAUUGCUUUGCAUGCUCUGAGCUAUGAGUUGUAGGUGGAAGGUGAGAAGAAGAAAUACUGAUCACUGGUGACUUCUCAUUAGUGCAAAAUUUAUUUUCAAGGAAUAGGUGGUUUUUUGUGUUCCAGAGGGCCUGGUGGCAGCUCCGUUAUUUUAGAAACUAAAAGGAAACCGGUACUGAGAUGCUUGCUUUGUUUGGGGUUUUUGUCUUGAUUUGGAGUAGUCCUUUGGGAUAGAUUGUGAGCACUUCACGUUCGCACUCAGACCAAUUAUGCCGGUCGCGUAUGACGGUAGUCACCUGCGCCUGCAAACAGAGGCGCGCCUGUCUGCCCGCUGCAGGCUGAGAAUCGAGGAUGGAGGAUCCCUGUUGGAAACGUGAUAAAUGUUAUCUAGAUACGAGGAAAAAUGCAGCAGCAGGUAAACUCCUGUAAAAGUGUACUCGUGAAAUUCUCUAGUUGUGUGUGGGGCUCUGAGGAGUUACGCAGGAGGAGAGGCUUUUCCUUUCUUAUCAUCUGUAUAGGUAUGUACAUACGCAAUGCCUGUAUAUUCUAGGGUUAUAUAUAUGUAUAUAGAGGAAUCAUAUAUCUAUUAUAUAUAAAUAAUUAGUAGACACUCGCAUAUAAUACUGUUACAUUUACAUUUUUAUAAACCUGAAAUAAUAUUACUUUUCCGUAGUGUGAGGUUAUUUACCAAGGUUUUUGUAGUAACUCAUUAAUAGCUGUACGAACACCUUUCAGUACUGUACAUGUGGCGCUGUUGGUAAUGUCGCUCCAGAAACUUGCUCUGCUUGUGAACGUCACUAAUACCCGUGGGUUUAAAACAGCUGUACACUUUUUGUAUUUUUAUAUCUUUUUAUUAAUAAUUGCAGAUGCGUUAGCAAAACAGUAGAACUGACAGCCUUGGUCGAGAGCCUGCCCAGUGGCUGGGCUCGGGAAACGCAGCAGCACAGGCUUUCUGCAUCCACGUGCUCCCCUGCCACCUUCCCUCCGGUGACCCCUGACUUCGGGACCUUUUCCGUUCGCAGUCUCCCAGCGCUCGUGCAGAUAGGGAAUGGGGGUGGUCGUGUUGCUCCGGAGGAGCUGGACGGACACCAGCCGCUCUCUCCCGGCGGGGGGUUAUUAAUCGUUCUCGCGUAGCAAAGGGUCCCGGCUGCUGCUCAGCUGGGUUGGUUUGGAUCGGGAAGGUGAAGCCCAAUCUGUUGUUCCUCUAGUCUGAUAAAGGCAGGCAUCUUUAGUUUUCUGUUCUUUUUUUUUUUUAACUGACUUUGUACUGCAACAGUCACUAUCUAGAGAACUCUCCCCCUGAAAGCUGGUGAAAGCUCUCCUUGGUUUCUAGCCGUGAGGAACCCUGCCCCGACUUGUACCGAUUUCUUACAGAUUGCGUGAGAAAUUAAACUCUAAAAGAAAUCCAGAUUGUAAAACCAAUGGCGUGUAUGUUGUCCACCACGACUCUUCAUGCCAAAAUCAGGUGUGUUCCACUCCAGCGUGGCAUGAGGUUGAUCGAUAGACAUUAUUGUCCUGGUACAGGCUUUAUCAAAGCACCUCUGCCAAAGCAAACGUCCUUAUGUCUUCUCUUUGAGCCAUCGGUUUGCAGGUCUGGUCUCCGCUGCUUCUGGAGACGGAGAGCUGCUGUAACUUUUGCUGUUACAGUUCAUGAAAUUGCCUCAUAACAUCCAAGUGUACUGGGCCGGGGGUGAGGAAUCCGAGGAUUUCCCUGCGUGCUGUGGGAGGCUCACUGACGCUCUUGCGAGUGCUUGGUUCAGACUCCAGAACUCCCGACACCCAGCAGCAGCCCAUGGGAAAAUAUUCCAGCUGUGGGAAUAUAAUAGUCCAGGAUUCAGAUUAGCGAAGGGUCCUGUGUUCAGAUCACGCAAACGGCCUUCGCUACUUCCGAGUCCCUGGAACUGCCCCUCUGAGUCGGGGAAGGUCCGGCCCGAGUGUCCCUCGUGCAGGUGGGUCCCCACGCAGGAGCGCGGCUGUCCCGGAGGUCGGGGUAACGGCGCUCGGGGGGAAGCUCCCUUUUGAAAGGAGAGAGUGUGGCACUCCUGGGUGUCGCAGAACUGGGAACGCGUUCCAGUAUCCUGCUUGGUAGACCACAGUAUCCCUGAAGUUUUUUUUAUUCUGGAGACUAUUUGAAAUGAGGUGAUUUGAAAUACUUACAUUUGAGCUCAUUAUUAAUGAGUAAGCUCCAAAAACCUUCAGAGCAGAGCUUUCUACCUCUGUUACUAGCUGCAUCUUUGAGUGGUUUGCCCGCCUUUCUGCCAUGUGUUCCUGGCGCGCACUGAUCGACCGCUGAGCUGCCUCUUCCACUGUCCUGCAAUGUGAAAGUAGCACCAGAUAUUCCUUUGUGCAUUUCUGUGUAUAUGGCUUUCGUAGUUGGGAUUUUCAAAGCACUGAUACCCGGUGUUUUCAGUUUGUUCUAUGAGGGGAUAUUUCAUUUGCAUCUAUGUUUUUAGCUAUCCUGUGAUAACUUGUUGAAUAUUAAAAAAUAAAAAUAUUUUGCUUCUAUUGGGACAUUUGUAUACUCGCAACUAUAUUUCUGUAAACAGCUGCAGUCAAGAAUAAAACAAUGAAAGUUUUCAUUUUGCAG